GUCUGACCCACAGCCCUCAGUCAGACAAAGGUGAGGUGAACUUCCACCCUAAAGAGAUGGACUCGUUCCAGCCUCUGGUCAAAGCCAUGAGGAAGUUCAUGAGUCUGUACGACGACAGCAACCAGCAGGACAACAUGAAGUUUGAGGACUGUGGAGCUGAACCUGCCGACUACAAGGACCGAGGCGACCUGGACAGCUCGACCGGCACCAAGCGGGCCUGUAAGUUCCCCCGAGAGCUGCUGGGCCCCUGCUCGGGUCUGGAGGACCGGGACUUUGGCUUCAGCCAGGGCAAGCCCUGCCUGAUCGUCAAGCUGAACAGGAUCGUCAACUUCCGUCCACGGCCUCCGGCCAACAACGACAGUAUUCCUGAGGACGCUCAGUGGAAGGUGCAGCCCAACGUCAUCCCACUGCACUGCACCCACAAG